GCAGUGAGGAUCUGAGGAGCAGCACUUUCUCACACGGACCUUUUGUCCUCUAGAUGCAGACAGAAAGUGUCCCACAGAUCGAUACACUGUUGCAGGGGCGUUAUUAUCUGUGAAGUGGGUUUGUUCCACAUGAUGCCACGUUGAGAUGACGCCUGUGAUGACCUGACGCACUGAUCCUCUGCAGGGAGCGGACUCUGACUAACUUCUAUCGUCUUUCACUCCACUUCUCCGGGUCCUCUCUUCCACUUCCCCGGGUGUUCUCUUCCACUUCUCCGGGUCCUCUCUCCACUUCUCCUCCCCUCCUCCCCGCCGUCCCCAUGCCGCCGGCCCGCCGCAGCGCGCUGGACUGACGGCCGCCCCCGGAGGAAUGGCAUCGGCCGUGUUCGAAGGCACGUCGCUGGUCAACAUGUUCGUGCGGGACUGCUGGGUCAACGGGAUCCGGAGACUCAUCAUCAGCCAGCGGGGCGAGGAAGAGGAGUUCUUCGAGAUCCGGACCGAGUGGUCGGACCGGAACAUUCUAUACUUGCACCGCAGCUACUCGGACCUGGGCCGGCUCUUCAGGAGACUGCUGGAGUCCUUCCCCGAGGACACACGGGACCUGUCCGAGAGUCCACUCAUAGAAGGGCUGGUAAAGAUCAAGGAGGCACGUGACAUCGAAGAGAAGCUGAAUGAGGUGGAGCGAUUACUGAAGAACGCCAUCAACAUGCCAUGCAAGUAUUCCAGGUCAGAGGUGAUGUUGACGUUCUUCGAGCGCUCACCACUGGACCAAGUGUUGAGGAACGACAAGGUCCACAGAAUCCAGCCGUGCUUUCAGAGUCCCAUCAAGAUAUCAGAAAUCAUGAGGUCGAAUGGAUUCUGUCUGGCCAACACAGAAACCAUCGUAUUUGAUCACAGUAUCCCCGAGGAGAAGGAGAGGCCUUCGUCCACCGACUCUGUGGAGCACACGUACGAGGACGGAUCCGAGUUUUUGCCAAUGGAAUCAGACGUGUGUGAUGAGGAUUCAGAAGCGUAUGUCACCAACCUCUCCUACUACCAUCUGGUCCCGUUCGAGACCGACAUCCUGGAAUGAGGAUGUUACACGACAGACAAUGGACGGUGGAUGUUGACAUUGAGGAAUUCAUACUCUUAAAUGGAUCCAAGCAAUGCAGUGCUGCACAUAGCUGCUCCAUUUAAUGCUGCUUCAAGUUUUAUCGCCCAUUGCGGAGUCGAGCAGGUGUCCAACAUGCACCGAGACAUUGAGAUAAUGAGAUGUCACCAGUGUGCCUCGUCCACAGCCUCGUCCAUCGCCUUACCUGAGUGUUAAACCAGAUCCAAAUAAGAUGGAAAUACAAGACUUCAGACUAUGGGAGGUGUUCAUCAUGUGAUGGAACCUGUGGAGGCCAAAGUUUAUGUCCUCAGGUCCCAUGACCACUUUAAAAGAACUGAAUUUGUAUACACCAGUGACCACUCCAAAUCAAAUUCUCCUUAUCGGACCAUCGACUCUUACUUUUCUGAAUUUACCAGCUCUCCUCCUGUUUCUACAUCUUCCAUAAUCGGAUAUAGUAUUUACGAGGAGAUCUGCAAAGCAUCUGGUUCCUCUCCUUCCAACUGCUCUGCACAGUGUUGCCACUCUGCCGUUUGAUUUGCUGUGGGAAGACAGGAAGCUGUCAUGAAGCUCUGUGUAUCAUCUUUAUUUAUGUUCCACCAGCAUUUAGGACGUUUUUUUAAUGUACCAGCUUAAAACUCUUCUUCCUUUGUUGCCGUAAUAUGCAGUAGAUUGUUUGACAUGAGAGUUUCCCUAGAUCCAGGUGAAACAAGGCAAAAAUAGCUACCUCUAAGAUCAAUAGAUAUCCUUUAUGGCAAUUUAGUAUUCUAGAUUUAAUAUAAAACUAAUUUUAAUGACUUUAAUCUGAAAAAAUGAAAUGUAUAGCUUGAAUUAUAGAUUUUUCAGGAUUCUUCAAGAACAUUCGGUAAGAGGACGCAAUUACUAUUGAUGGGAACAAGGGCUUAGUGUUGCCAAAAGCCAGAGUGUGGUGCUAGAGAUCAGACAUCACCUUAAGAUGGACACCAGCUGAACGUUAUGGGUCUGACAUGUGGAGAAGGCCCAACAGGAAGCGCAGGACAGGCCCAGAGAGAAGCAGAUCUUCUUCUGACCCUCAAGGGACGAAGAGGACUUAAUAAUGAUAAUAAUAAUAAGAUAUAAUAGUAGGUUUUUCAUAGCUAUAUUUGCUUGCCUCUGUUUCACUCGGUUCUUUGGUUGGUGUGAAGUUAAAGAACAUGAAAUAAAUAUGAAGUGCCAUUAUUAUUUUCUUACAAUACACUCUUUCCAAAGUGAGAAGUUGAUUCUGCCUUUUUGGAAGUUGGCGAGAGUUUUUAGAGAAGUUUUCUCAGAAUAAUAAAAUAUAAAUAUUUGUUCACAGUGUCGCAUGUAACGUUGCUUAUUUUGUUGUUUAUGGUCCAAUAUUUUCAUGUAUCGGAGAAUGUGUCUUGCCUUUAGCUGGACAACUGAAUCAGCUCUGUUGCCGUCUGGUGAAGUGGGGCAAAGAGUGCUUUGUUUUGUGGGUCAGUCGAGGUCGUAUGUGACCCGCUCUGCAGGAUGACGUGAGUGGGUUCCAGCAGACAUCUGACUGUGGGAGUCUGCAGCUCGUUCUGCAAGACAAGUCCUCCCUUUUUCUAAAGAAAAACAACCUUGCUGCACUUUCUACAGGAAAAGAGAGACUUGAUUAAAAUUCACGCCUUUUCUGUGUUUUAUGGCUCCUCGCGCAAUAAGAAGAGUGUUUUCACUGGUGUAACUGAAACUGUGGAGCCCAGUGGAGCAUUACAUGGGGAUUUGAUGGCAGCUGAAAUGUACAAAUUACAUUUUUGUGUCGUGUAAAGUGUACGGAAGCCCAUCGACAUUCAUUGUGUUGUCGGUGCAGAAGUCAUUGUGGCCGUACAAUACAGGCUCACAGCUUGAGUCCAGUUUUCCACCCUUCUAAACACAAAGGCAUUCAGGCCUCACACUCUUGGCACACAGGACACACAGGACGGUCCUCGGCGUGAGUCUGUUUUGUAACACAGUCAUGAUCACGACUCGCCCCGUGAGAAAGUCCAGCUCUUUCUCAGGGUGUGAAAAUGCUCUUUUUUUGUUUCUCAAAGGAAGACAUCUUGAAUUAAUAGAUAUUCUUAAAAAGAAUAAAGGUUUCCUCUUACACAAAGUAUUGAUGAAGAUGAUUUAGUAACAAGAAACUGUAUUUGUUUAGAUUUUCAUACCAAGGUCACAGUUUCUCUGCUGAUUGAUGUUUCCUGUGAAGAUCCGAGAGUAUUAACACUCCUCCCUCUGUGGUCAGAUUAAUAUAAAUAUUCUGCCACAGUUUCCAUGAAGUUAUGAUAAAAUGGUACCCAGCUGCCAGGAAUGAGGACCAGGAUGCUCCGGUCUCAGCAGUUAUAGUGAAUAUUUUUUAAAACAUUUAUUUUCUAAACUCCAGCCACACUCUGAAGCCGUGUCUUAUGGUUUUGUGUUUGACGAGAGAUGUUCUGAUGUGUCAAUGUUUCAAAAAGACUGAUUGAAGAUAAUGUUUAUUGUAAGAUGAAGUAGCCACUUGUAUAACUUAAGAUUUUUAUCAAGACAGUAUUAGAUACAGAUUAUUAUUCUCAAAGCUUCUCGGAAAAAUGAAUAUGUUUUCAAUAAAUUGUGAAAAGCA